UAUAAAGGGCUUGUUGCCUCCCAUGCACAGCUUCAUUACACCACCAUAUAGAUACACAAAUCUCUAUAUCUCUACAAAGUUUAUCCUAUAUAUAUAUAAUACACCGUCGUUGCCGCCAUAAUGGUUGUUUCGGUCGCCGGAGAAUCUGUCGAUGGCUGCUACGAUUGGGCCAAAGAAGUGAAGGAGUUUGAGGACACCAAAGCUGGUGUCAAGGGACUAGUGGACUCCGGCGUGGAGAAGGUACCCGAGUUCUUCAUCCACAAGCCGGAUAGCGUGCAGCCGCAGCCCAAUGGCGGGGAAGUCAGCGGAGCCCCCCUCGAUCUCCCCAUCAUAGACUUGCAGGGAGUGGAGAGCGGCGGCGCCCGGCGGAGGGAGGUGGUGGAGGAGAUGCGGAAGGCGGCUUCAACCUGGGGGUUCUUCCGGAUGGUGAACCAUGGCAUCCCCGUUGCCACCUUGGACGCCAUGCUGGAAGCUACGAGAAGGUUCCACGAGCAGCCCACCGAGGCCAAGAGGGAGUUAUAUUCCUCCGAUGGCCGCAGAAGCGUCCGAUUCACCAGCAACGUUCCCACAACGGAAUUCGACCCCGCUUGCUGGAGGGAUCUUUUAACGUGUGUUUUCCGGGACGAUGCUAUUGACCCUGAAGCUCUCCCUCCGGUUUGCAGAAACGAGCUCCAAGAGUACGUGAAGUACCUGAUCAAGCUGAGAGAGACGAUGGCGGAGCUACUUUCAGAGGCAUUAGGGCUGAGCAGCGACUACCUUUCUCGGAUUGAAUGCAUGAAAAGCGAAGCCCUGGCAUUGCUUUACUACCCAGCUUGCCCGCAGCCGGAUCUCACCGUCGGCAACUCGAGGCAUUCCGACACCACUUUUCUCACAGUACUGUUGCAAGACACCGUCGGCGGCCUCCAAAUUCUUCACGAUAACCAGUGGGUCGACGUGCCGCCCGUUCAUGGAUCUCUCAUAGCCAACAUAGGCGAUCUCAUGCAGAUCAUUUCCAACGACAAGUUCAAGAGCGUGGAGCACAAGGUGAGGGCCCAACACAUCGGACCCAGAGUCUCAGUGGCGUGCUUCUUCACGGCCAGCACCGGCGCCGCCCCCAAGCCAUUCGGACCCAUCAAGGAGCUUCUCUCCAACGACAGCCCGCCGGUUUACAGAGAAUUCCACGUCGCUGAAUACAUCUCCUUCUACAAGACCACGUACGGCCGCGUGGCCUCUGCGCUUCCUCACUUCAAGCUAUCAAAUUAACAUGAAGAACUACUCAUCAAUUUUCAAGUUCCUAAUUUUGUGCUUUAGCCACCGCUUAAAAUGUAAACAGGCCACCAUUAACGACAGCCAGCGUAUGACAGCUGGAAGAAUGAGUCCUAGGAAUGAAUGGAUGGACCAUCGAAGGUACCAUGCAUGGCCUUGCUGCUGUCGUGUCUUUGUCCAGAUUUAGAAGCUUUCGUGCAGGCUGCCGGCUUGCUACGUGUCAUUGUUGAGUCCAUGCCAUUAUCUUCUAUAAUGUAAAAUAAAAAAUAUAUAUUAUAUACAUUACAUCU